AUGAUUAAAUCUACACCUGAAAGUAAACAAACAAAAUUCACAGAUCGGCAGAACGACAGGGAUAAAACUACGAAUUAUAGAACGGGUGAACAAAAUCCGAGGAUAACAAGAAAUGAAGAUACGAGUAGUAAGAGGAAUAAAAUUUCGUCGAAAUAUGGUGAUGCAGAUACACAAUAUGACUACCAUCAACAAGGAAACACAAUAGCAGAUACAAUGUUUGGUACUGACAGCAUUAAGCAACAAGGAUAUUCUGAAAUACCAACACAUUUCAGAGAUGGAGCUGGAAGGGUGUAUAUUCCAAAAAGCAAUAUUGACAGAAGAUAUGAGAGAAAUACACAGCAUAGAAAUGUCGACCUUGAGUAUAGAAACGACGAUAUAGUCAACGACAUGAAGAUAAAGGUUACCAUGUUAGACAAACAGACAAAUAGAUUUAGAAAGAAAAAUCAAAGAAGAAGAGAAGCGAAACUCUUACAGAGAAUACACAGUUUAGAACUUGCCGAGAGUGAGCUAGAAAAACAGAGAUUGCAAAGAGUAAAGCUGCAAAAAGAAAUCGAUAAAAAGAUUGAACUCGAGAACCUGCGAGAACAGAAACUGAAGUUACUGAAAACCAGAGAAGAGGAAUUAGCUUUAAAAGUAGACAGAAAAGAUAGAGAUAGACUAGAGGGAAGAGAUAGAAAUAGGACAGAGAUGAAAGAUAGAGAUAGUUAUGGAAUCAGAACUGAAGACAGAUGUAAUGAAGGAUACACAUAUAUGGACAGAUACAGCGAUAGAAAUAGAGACAAUGAUAUUUACAACGAUAGACAACGAUUCCAUGAAACUGUGAUUGACAGAAACAGAAAUAUGAAUAUAAAUGCAAGACAAACAUCUGAUAACAUUGUUAGUGAUUAUAGUGGUGAUAAUGUAACAAGACUAACUUCUGGAUUUGGAAAACCAAAUUCCACCAUUCGAUGGUACAGACUUUAA